AUGGCGGAGGGAGCUCGGGGAGGUGGCGGUGGCGGCUGGUUCCAGUUCGGCUUCUGCUUCGGGAAGGCGACGGAGGCCGGGCUGGAAGUGGCGCCGCUGCUGGUCGGGGGCGAGGCCGGGCCGGUGCGCUGCGUGAGGCCGAGCUGGAGCUUCUCCGGGAUCGUCCGCGCCGGCGGUGAGAGGCACCCGCCAGAGUCCCGGGGCCAUGCGGGGUUCAUGCUUCCCCACCCCUUUUUCUUAGGCUGAGCAGGAGCGGGGAACCGCGCGCUCCAAGGCAUAUAGAAGGGACAGACUAAGGGGUCCCGGCCGUGGGGGAGAUGCUGCUCUGCAUCCCCCGUCGUCACCUCAAACUCCUCCCCUGCUUGCUGGGGCUGCGGGAGAUGCAACCCCACGACGCCAGGCAGCUCACAGGAGCCCCAUCCCGUCGAUAGAGGAGAGCGGGAAGUUUCUCCAUGAGCCUUGAUGGUGGCCCCAAGCCGCCUUUCUAGGUUGCUGCCUGAUCGUCCCUGGCGGGGGUGGGUGGGGUGAUUUCCUCCUUUUCUGUGGCCCCGAUAUUAUUUCUUUGCCUCCUGCUCCGCAUGGACUGAGAGCUCCAAUCCGCCCCAUCUUGCCUUCUGCCUCCCGCAGGGUCCCCCCCGGUGCUGUUGCAAGGCGCGGUAUGCGCGGCGCUGCCCGAGGACUGCCGGGACGUGCUGCCGUCGGAGACGCACGUGCUGGUGCUGCGGGAGGCGGCGGUGGAAAGCUGGCCGGUGGAGGGUUCGGCCCUGGUCCUGGAAGGAGAGCCGGCGUGGAGGUGCGAGAUCCUCCCUGAGGAAGCAGCCACCGUAGGUAGGUAGGUGCGCGGGCAGAAGCGAGGCCCUGAAAGAAGAGGAAGCUGUUGCUGCACCCCAUGAGGCUCAUCCUUUCUGCCCCUAACCCUCUUUCUCUUCUGCCCCAGAGCUGCCCCUGGUGCCUGGUGGGUACGUGGCCCCUCGGCCCCCUUUCUUUUUUUUUUUUAAAGCAAUUUAUUGGGUUUUACAAUAAAAAUAAACAUAAUAAACAAUAUAACAUUUGUCUUAACAUAGUUUCACAUUUUCUUUGGACUUCCUCACAUCCCCCGCUCCCACUUUCAUCGUUAUAACAUUUUGUCAGCAAUUUAUUAUCUUAUUUAAAUUCUUAUAUCUCUUCAAUGUUUCAUAAUCUUAUAGUUCUCAUAAAGAGUUAAACUUUCACAGUCUUACUUGUUUUCUUAAAAACUUCUAAGUUAAGUGGUGCUCAGUUAUUUAGUCUAGCAUCUUAUUUAGCAUUCACUCAAAUCACAAUAUUUUUGUAGAUAGUUCUUAAAUUUCUUCCAAUCCUCCUCGAUUCUCUCUUCUCCCAGGUCACGGAUUCUGCCGGUCAUUUCAGCCAGUUCCAUGUAGUCUAUCAGUUGCAUCUGCCAUUCUUCCAGUGUGGGUAAAUCUUGAGUUUUCCAAUGUUUUGCAAGAAGUAUCCUUGCUGCUGUUGUUGCAUACAUAAUAAUGUCUGGUCCUUCUUUGCCACCCCUUGGCUGACAAUACCCAGAAGGAAAGCCUCUGGUUUCUUGGUAAAGGUAUAUUUAAAUACCUUUUUCAAUUCAUUAUAAAUCAUUUCCCAGAACGCCUUCACUUUAGGGCAGGUCCACCAGAGGUGGAAGAACGUUCCCUCACACUCUUUACAUUUCCAACACUUAUUAUCAGACAGGUGGUAAAUUUUUGCAAGUUUAACUGGGGUCAUAUACCAUCUAUAAAUCAUUUUCAUUACAUUUUCUUUCAGAGCGUUACAUGCAGUAAAUUUCAAUCCAUUACUCCACAACUUUUCCCAGUCCUCAAACAUAAUAUUAUACCCAAUGUCCUGUGCCCACCUUAUCAUAGCCGAUUUAACCAUUUCAUCUUGUGUAUUCCAUUCCAACAGCAAGUUAUACAUCCUUGAAAGUACCUUAGUCUUUGGUUCUAACAAUUCUGUUUCUAAUUUCGAUUUCUCCACCUGGAACCCUAGUUUCUUAUCAUUUUUAAAAACUUCUUUAAUCUGAGCGUAGUGUAACCAAUCUCGCACUUUGUCUUUCAUUUUCUCCAAACUCUGCAAUUUCCAAUUGUCUCCAUCUUUUCUAGUAUUUCCCAAUAUUUUGGCCAUUUAGCCUCCAUAUUGGGUCUUUUUCGGGCCUUAGCUUCCAAAGGUGAAAGCCACCUUGGUGUUUUAUUUUCCAGCAAGUCUUUAUAUUUUGUCCAGACAUUAUACAAUGAUUUUCUGACAAUAUGGUUCUUGAAGGCCUUAUUUGCUUUAACUUUGUCAUACCAUAAAUAUGCAUGCCAUCCAAAAACAUUAUUAAACCCUUCCAAGUCCAACACAUCAGUGUCUUCAAGAAGUAGCCAGUCUUUUAGCCAGCAGAACGCUGCGGCUUCAUAAUACAACUUUAAGUCCGGCAGGGCAAAGCCCCCUCUUUGUUUUACAUCAGUUAAUAUCUUAAACUUAAUUCUGGGCUUUUUGCCCUGCCAGACAAACUUCGAAAUAUCUCUCUGCCACUUCUGAAAGCACUCCGUUUUGUCCAAAACCUGAAGUGUUUGAAAUAAAAACAACAUCCUUGGCAAUACAUUCAUCUUAAUAGCAGCAAUUCGGCCUAACAAGGAAAGUUUCAAUUUUGACCAACUGUCUAAGUCUCUCUUAAUUUCUGUCCAACAUUUUUCAUAGUUAUCCUUAAAUAGACUUAGAUUUUUUGCUGUUAUGUUUACCCCUAGGUAUUUUACUUUUUUAACCACAUUAAGUUCCGUCUCAUUCUGAAACCGUUCUGACUCUGUAUCAGUCAAAUUUUUCCCCAAAACCUUAGUUUUCUGUUUAUUUAAUUUGAAUCCCGCCACCCGACCAAAAUCAUUAAUCAAUUGUAAUACUCUUUUCGUACUGGGCUCUGGCUUCUGCAAGGUCAAAACCAGGUCAUCUGCAAAAGCUUUUAGUUUAUAUUGUUUCUGACCAACCUGAAUUCCUUCCACCAACCGAUCCCCUCUAAUCAUGUUCAGUAGCACUUCCAGAACCGAAAUAAAUAACAAAGGGGAAAUAGGGCAACCUUGUCGUGUCCCUUUUUCAAUUUUAAACUCUUCUGUAACGGGUGACGGGUGGUGGGCUCCCCAACUACCCCAAGGCUUGGGGUCACGGAGCUGCUUGUGCUGCAUGGCUGCCUUUUUAAAAUUUCCUGCUGCUGGAAAUCACAGGCUUCCUGUCCCUCUGGAGCUGUUCCUUCAUGGUCUGAGGCUGCAGCUCCUGAGGCCUCCUCCUCUCCCUUGGGGUAGGAAGAAACUGCCUUACUGACAAUCCAUUCCUCUUGCCCUCUGUGGCAAACAGGACCACCGUUUAUUGUAAGCAAAGAUGAUGUGGGAAAGAAUGUAAACUGUAUGAAAAGAUUAUGGGAAACUAUACAGAUGACUUUUUCGGUUAAUCUGAUUUCAUGUGUUUCUCAAUAUUGCAUUGAUUGAAUGGGGAGGGAACUGAACUAGGCUGUAUGUAAAUUGAGGGGACGGGACCCAUCACCAUUUAGGGAUAUGUCUGACCUCCAGAGUGACUCAGGCAGAGGGAGAAGAUGAUCAGACCCCUUCCCACUUGGACCAACCUCCCUCCCACAAGGAAGAACAACCAAGCCUUUGUCCUAUGGUGUUGCUAGGCCCAGGAGUGAAGGCUGAAGCCCCCUCCCUCCUGCUUUACAUUAAACUCUUGAAAGCAACCACUCACUUGCCAUGUACUAAUAGAUGGCAUACUUCUGAGGGUUUUAAACUCUCCCUCCCCAUUUUACUUUUAAAAACCAAGCGGGGGCGGGGCGGGGGCUUUGCAGCACAUUCAUAAUUCAGGCCAGCUGCCUUUGCACUUUAAAACUGGGCCUGGAGCUGGUUCUAGGUGUCAUUUGCAGGAAAGAGUAAGAUACAGUGGAACCUCAGGUUGCAGACAUAAUCCGUGACGGAGGCACGUCCGCACCCCGCAGCGUUUGCAUCCUGAAGCAUUGUGUCUGCACAGGCGCUGGCGCGAUUUGGCACUUCUGCGCAUGCGCAAAGCGUGAUUUAGCGCUUUACAUGCACGAAUAGCAAAACCCGGAAGUAACCCAUUCCGGUACUUCCAGGUUUCCCGCGGUCUGUAACCCGAAAACAUGUAACCUGAAGCAUCCGUAACAUGAGGUAUGACUGUAAAGGCCUCAUAUCACCUCGUGCGUUGGGGAAAGAAAGAUUUUAGUUUUCAACCCUUGAGAGAGCCAUGGACUGAUUUGAUGUGGGUGUAACGGGUUGCUGUCAGGUUAAGUUUCUCAGGUGAUCUGGAGGGUCUGCCAUCCCACAGAGGUUUUUGAAACUGCAAAAGAAUGAAUAAUCCUUCUAACUCCUUUGCGAAGAAAGCCACAGAAGUGCUCCUGGUUCUCUCCACUGGCUGUUUUCUUCACUAGCAAUACCAUCAGCAGUAGCUGGGCAGAGGUACUUCAGCCCCCGCCCCCUCUCCUGCCAAAGCAGCGCCUUUGCCAACCAGGGAAAGGGGACCUGGUUUCAGGCUUGCCCUGGUUUUCCGUGGUCCAGCUUCACCAGCUGCUUGGCAGUAGUAGGAGCAUCGUAAUAGUUCCUCUCUGCUCCUGGUUUGAAUUAUUUAGGAUAUUCUCUCCACAGCUUCAUUCAAGGUAACACAUGUAACACAAGCAUCAAGCUGUUUCUCUGGUAAGGGGCAGGGAAGCAAAGCCUUGAGUGAUUUUAAAAGCAGAGUUAAUGUGCACUCUUAGGCUUGCCUACUGAGCAGGAAGCCCAAGGGGACAUAACCCAGGUAAUUAUCGCAAGGACUGUAGCCUUAUGUUGAGGAGUUCCUUCUACCACUGUCUCUCUCAGCUUCAUUGUACUGGGGUGGGGAGGCAGUUACUGUGCUCCUGUGUGCCUGCCCUUGGGGCAACCUGGAUUGCUUGUAGUUUAUGACAGAUGUGAAGGAACAACCAUUACCUUCUAAGAAGCACUAUAAGUCCAGUACUGCCCCAGUUCACUGCCUCAGGCACCUACGAGGCUAAGCUGUUCCUUGUUCCAGGUCCGAUUUUGUGAAUCUUUGGCAGAAGUAAGGUUCCUUCAGUUUAAUUCUAUUAAAAGUUGUCAUCAUGGUAUCUUGUGCCCAGGGCGUUCCACAAGUUAGCUGGAAGACAAAUCCCAAAAGCUCAUUUUCUGAUUUGUCUGCAUUCUGAAUAUUGGAGGAGAAACAACUAUAUUUUGCAGGAUGAUGUUAAAACCUAUGCUUGCCUGUCUAUUUCUGAGGCCUCAGCCUACAUCAAAAGCGGAACUUCCCUCAGCACUCUUGCCACCACUUCUUCUGUUUUCUGGGGUGGGAAGGGGAUUCCUCCAGUUGAUUCCUCAGAGCAGGGGUGCCAACUUGAAUAAAAUAUUGGGCUGGCCAGGUAAGCCCCACCCCACACAAUCAAUCACAUGAUGCAGCGCCCGCACACCAUUUGAAUGGCAAUAGCGGGACUGGGUUAAAGGCGGAUCUACACGGAUCCUCCACUUUUUAAAAAAUAACUCCAACAAAUCCAGUGUCCUAUCACAUCUGGAAGGCACGCCUACAGACUGAACUAUAAAAAAGGUGGAUCCAACAUUGCCACGCUGCAGCACUACAAAAACAUGGAUCCGAGGCAUGGAUCCUCAUGAAUUCAUAUGAUUUUUAUAUUGAAAGAAAAUAAAACCACCAUGAUACACACUGUCAAAUUACACAUUGUGCCCAUGGAAGCCGUGGAUCCGAGUUUUUUGUGGUGCAUGCUGUGCCCAUGGCCAUGAUGUUUGAUCUGAUGGUGGCUUCGGACUGCUGUAGUGCAAAAAUCAUGAGGAUCCGUGUUUUUUAACCAUGUUUUUGCACCAUAGUGGCCCCACGAAACAGUGGGUGCGUGAUUUUUUUUUGUUCUGCCUUCAGACAUGGUCUACAGUAUCAUGGUGGUUUUAUUUAAUUUGAAUGAAAAAAUCAUAUGAAUUCUGGAUCCGCCUAUUACCCAGUCCCGGCACUAGCCAUCAACUUUGAGCGGAAAGAGCAAGAAAGAGCCAGGGAAAGGGUGGAAACUGCCGACUGAGGCGCCUCUUCUCCCCGACCCGCCGCAAGAGGCGCUCGCCUUCCGGGCGGCGGAGAUGGCGGAGGGAGCUCGGGGAGGCGGAGGCGGCGGCGGCGGCGGCGGCGGCUGGUUCCAGUUCGGCUUCUGCUUCGGGAAGGCGACGGAGGCCGGGCUGGAAGUGGCGCCGCUGCUGGUCGGGGGCGAGGCCGGGCCAGUGCGCUGCGUGAGGCCGAGCUGGAGCUUCUCCGGGAUCGUCCGCGCCGGCGGUGAGAGGCACCCGCCAGAGUCCCGGGGCCAUGCGGGGUUCAUGCUUCCCCACCCCUUUUUCUUAGGCUGAGCAGGAGCGGGGAACCGCGCGCUCCAAGGCAUAUAGAAGGGACAGACUAAGGGGUCCCGGCCGUGGGGGAGAUGCUGCUCUGCAUCCCCCAUCGUCACCUCAAACUCCUCCCCUGCUUGCUGGGGCUGCGGGAGAUGCAACCCCACGACGCCAGGCAGCUCGCAGGAGCCCCAUCCCGUCGAUAGAGGAGAGCGGGAAGUUUCUCCAUGAGCCUUGAUGGUGGCCCCAAGCCGCCUUUCUAGGUUGCUGCCUGAUCGUCCCUGGCGGGGGUGGGUGGGGUGAUUUCCUCCUUUUCUGUGGCCCCGAUAUUAUUUCUUUGCCUCCUGCUCCGCAUGGACUGAGAGCUCCAAUCCGCCCCAUCUUGCCUUCUGCCUCCCGCAGGGUCCCCCCCGGUGCUGUUGCAAGGCGCGGUAUGCGCGGCGCUGCCCGAGGACUGCCGGGACGUGCUGGCGUCGGAGACGCACGUGCUGGUGCUGCGGGAGGCGGCGGUGGAAAGCUGGCCGGUGGAGGGUUCGGCCCUGGUCCUGGAAGGAGAGCCGGCGUGGAGGUGCGAGAUCCUUCCUGAGGAAGCAGCGACCGUAGGUAGGUAGGUGCGCGGGCAGAAGCGAGGCCCUGAAAGAAGAGGAAGCUGUUGCUGCACCCCAUGAGGCUCAUCCUUUCUGCCCCUAACCCUCUUUCUCUUCUGCCCCAGAGCUGCCCCUGGUGCCUGGUGGGUACGUGGCCCCUCGGCCCCCUUUCUUCACCCCUCUGCCCUCCACCUUGCAGGCUCGCAAGCUGGCCCUGGGCUACGAACAUGCGGUGCUGCUGAACACAGAGGGGGCCCUCUUCUCGUGGGGAGGCGGCAGGUGAGUCUGGCGCAGGUGAGGACUAGCGUUUCCUUCCUGGCAGGGCUAUGGUUAAAACUAGCAACCGACCUCCUGCAGGAGGCAGUGAUGGCUGGCAGCUUUAGAGGAGGGUUGGGCAGCUUCAUGGAGGAGAAGGCUCACAAUGACUACUAGCCAUUGGCAAGCUCUGCCUCCAUAGUUACUGGAAGCCAGUAGAGGAAGGGGAGAGGUGCUCUUAGGCUCAGAUCCUGCUUGUGGGUUUCCACAGGCAUCUGGUUGGCCAAUGUGAGAACAGGAUGUUGGACUAGAAUGGUCAUUGGCCAGAUCUGGCAGGUCUCUUCUUAGGUUCUUACCUGGUGCCAGGUGGGCUUCUGCAUGGGGGGGGGAGGGGAAGCAUGGUGGUUCCUCCUCUUCCUCCUGUCUUUUCUUCCCAGGCAUGGGCAGUUGGGCCAUGGGGAGCUGGAGAGCAGGACAGAACCCCAGCUGGUGGAAGCCUUGUACGGGGUGCCCCUGGUGGAUGUGGCAGCUGGAGGAUGGCAUUCAGCUGGCAUUAGUGGUAAGGGGGCAGGAGGGCAUGGUCUGUAGUGGCCCAUCUUAAGCAGUGACUAGCUAGGGAUUCCAGCACCCCAAAAUAGACUUGCUGUUGCUUUUUUGUGUUGGUAAUAACAAUAGCAACAAAAAUAUCAACAGAAUUGUUGUUGCCAACCUUUUGAGGCUUGUUGAUGUGGUGUCAGGGGUUAACUGGGCUCCUGCUCCUUGAACAGAGGCAGGGAUCCUGUGGCUGUCUACAUAUUUUUGUUGGACCUCCUCCCUCAAUGGCCAGGGCUGACCACCAAUCAGCCACUGCCACUGCCUAAAUAGUUCAUGGGGGUUUGAGAGAUGCAUAUCCUACAGAAGUGAAGUUCCCUUUUCUUCACAGCUGUUAAAGAUACUUCUAACAGUUACCUCCUUUGCCCUUAUUUACUUUUUCUGUCUUAAUCUUUCUUAAAGUUAUAAACCCAAAAAUAUAAAGAUGGGGGUGAGGCUUCUGAUACAACCUUUCCCAUUCCCAUCGCUUUCAAAUAAUAAACUCCCCUCUGCAUGGGAAGCCAAAUCCCUCAUAGGGCCAGAAUCAGCUUUCGCUAGAGAAUACAUUUUGCCAGCCCUAUGAGGCCUCUUCCUUGGGAAAAAGGCCACGUUGGUCCUGGACUGAGCUCCUAGCUGCUCUCUUUCUCGCUCUUUGCCAGAAGCAGGUGAUUUGUAUGUCUGGGGCUGGAACGAGACGGGACAACUUGCCCUACCUUCCAAAUCUGUGGCUGAGAGUAGAGCCACCACGGCAGAGGUGAAGAGAGGUGAGGCCACUUCUGGGACAGAGCUAGAUGCUAUUUUGGAAAACUUUGCCCAGGGCAAACAUACACUAUACCCCGUGGCUGUUGUUGGGGUAUGAGUUGACUUUGGCAGUUUUAUUUACCCUAUACUGGGUUGUUUCUAGGGGACAUGGAGUUGAGAUUGACAGAGCAGGAGGCAGCACAAGGACCCUGCAAGGCUGCAUUCAUUUCGAUCCAAGCCUUCCCUGCUUUGCUGGAUAUGCCAGAUGGGGCAGAUGUCUGUAAGAUCAGCUGUGGUUCACGACACACCGCUGCUGUGACAUGUAAGAGGAUGCUGGGUUUGUCUUUCAGUGAGGGGAGCACAGGGACAGCAGGAUGAAGGCUUCACUGCCCAGUACCUGAAAGAUAUCCUGGGGCUGUUGCUGUCCACCUGAGCCUCAUUUGUGGAAGGGGCAACAUCCAAGAGUGAAGGACAAAUGUGCAUAAAAUGUGUCUGACAUCUAACACAAUUUAUGUGUAAGGAUGUCCAGCAGCCCUCCCAAAACUGCUUACUGUCAAAAUUGCUGCACAUGGAGUUCCUAAACAGCACAAGCUCUUUGGUUUUUGCAUGGUUGGGAAAUCACAACAUAGCGUAAAAGGGUCCUGAAGGUUUUUCCUUUUCCAUUGUUUCUUGGAUCUGCCCCAUUCCCCCAAAGAGGUGCUCAACUGUUAUCCUUCAACAACCUCAGUUAAACACAGGUCAUCCUUGUAUUUCAGGUACAGGAGAGCUCUACACCUGGGGCUGGGGUAAGUAAGCUAGGGGGUGGAUUAUAGCUGCCCUUGGGGUUAGUACUCCAUCUUCUCCUUUUCCUGCUCCAAGGGCAAACUGGUGCCAAUAGCUCUUCUUGGUUGCAGGUAAAUAUGGCCAACUGGGGCAUGGGCAGACAGCCAGCUCUGACGAGGCAAAGAGGGUGUCCUGCUUUGUGGACUGGGGUCUACGUGUAGUAGACGUGGUAUGUGGACCAUGGACUACCUAUGUACAUGCUGUGGCCCGAUAACAGCUGAGAUGGAGGGCAAGAAUCCAGAAACCUUUGGGAAGACAGCAUGAACAGGACCUGCUCCUACUGCUGCUCCAGUUCAGUGCUCUACUGUCUGAGUUGAGGCUUAAUCCGACUUUAUCCAAGUCCCAGAUCAGGUGUAGUGGCUUCAUCUAAUCCUCCCUCCACCUGCCUUCCAGUAACAGCUACUUCAAUGGACAACACAAGGGCAUCUUUAGAUAAAAGAGGGAGCUGUUUUAGCAACUCCAAGAACACCACAGAGACAGAGUUAUACAGAGCAUAUUUUAUGUAGCGCUAAAUUGCCAUGAUGGACAAAACAGAUGUUGGAACAGUCAUUUUGUGAAUAAAGCUGUUGCUGCCACUGUCAUCCUUAUUAGCCUGCAUCACAGUCAUGGUUCUUCGGGCAAGAAGCCAGAUGCCAGGCAGCAGGACAUUGCAGUAGAAGUGGAGUAGAGUUAGACUGCUCUCCUCAGCUAAGAGCCCUCAUCAGAACAAUACAAUUGAUUAGUCAUUAUACAGAACAGCCGAUAAACAAGAUGUGAACAUACUGCCAUACAAAUAAAUAAAGGACACUGUAGUGAAAACAAGGUGCAAAUCUAGCCACGAUGAUGGGGAGGGUGGGGGUGGUUGGCAGAAGCCUCUCCUCCUCCUUCCCCAUCCCCAAGAGGAAGCCAGGACUAGCCCAGCUCAAAGGCAGCAGCAAGAAGUCAGCCCCGUCCUAUUUGUCAUAACUAAAGGUGAGCUGUGCUUCUCUCCAGUGGAACAAGACCUCUGGAGCAAGCAUGGGGACACGUCCUAAAAAGCCCCAGGACCUGAUCACUUUUUCCUACUGCAAGCAAGUUUAGGGGCUGCCUGCUUUCCCUCCCCACUUCUGUUGCAACUACUCCCUCCCCCAAAAGCAGCUGCAUAAGCACCACGGAGGACAGUAAAUAUUCUCCCCACAUAAACAGGAUGGACGGAGUGCUGCCACUGUGGGCUCUCUUGCACCCUUUGCCUAGCAGAGGGCAGGAGCGAAUGUUCCAGAGGCUUGCAAGAGUAUAGGUUGGGGUGGGCCAGGAUCCCUCUUCCCUUGCUGCUGGAACCCUAGACUAGACAGCAAGUUGUGCACUAGAGUAGGCUUACUUAUAAGAAACCCUUUGCAACAUUUACAUUUUAUUCUUUUUAAUAUAC